AUGGCGGGCCUCACUGUGAGACAAGUUGGCCAGGUGGCACCGCCCCUGAAGCAGAAAAUCGAACAGUUUCAGCAGAUCAUUGACAACAACGACCAAUCUGUGGCACGCAUCCGCGAGCAGCUGCGGCGACUGGAGCCGCAGCGAGAACGGCUCUCUGAUCAAGUCCAGCAGCGCCAGGAUGACGGGCGGAGCAUUCACAGCCAGCUUGUUCGCCUUGAAGACUCCUUGGCCUCCUUUGGGGCUGAGAGCGUGCAGCUUGAGGCUGCCGCGGAGGAGAUGCCACGGCUCCUGGAGCGGAUAGCGGUUCCUGUAAAUGGUCCCGGCCCUGGAGAUCCAUCGUUUCGCAGACUGCCAGCAGCGGCUAUCGACGUGCCAUUGCCAUACUUCGACACCCUGGCUGAGCAGCUGGAAGCACGGACAAAGCAGAUCUACGAGAGAGUCAACGCUGUUGAGAAGGCUUUAGCAACCUACAAUCGUCAGGUGUCUGGCGUUCCGGUCACAUCCCAAAUCGAGGCGGUGGUGCGGUCCGAGUUCCUGCAGUUCAAAGCCAUAGCUGCUGAGCUCACACAGGACUGA